UAAAUAAUAGGGGACAUUGUUCAGACUCUUUACAGACCUCCAACCAGAUUAUAGUUGUCAGUCAGACUUCCAUGAUUACAGCCUCCUUUCUACGUGAAGGAAUAGAAUAAACUCGUCUCUCCUCUGCAACUUUUACCACUUCUUUUUCGUAGUAGAAUGUAUUUUUUUCCCCAUUCAGUGUCUUCCCGUCAGAUCCCAAGUUACUGAGAACUUUCCUUGCAUUUUUCAGCAAUUUUCCUGACCUAAUAAGACCCACCUUCCAAAAUGCAAAACCUGAGAUGUGUUUUCAGUAUCUCUCUGAUAUUUACAUUCUUCUUUAUGUUGUCGGAGUCGCUACCUCGAACAACCACACAAGCCCCAGUUUGCUCGGUAGCAGAUAGAGCUGCUCUUCUCAGCUUCAAAGCCAGAAUCGUGAAGGACACCACCGAUUUUCUCUCUUCCUGGACAGGAAACGAUUGCUGUGACGGAGGCUGGGAGGGCGUGCAGUGUAAUAUGGCUACAGGGAGGGUUACUGGAUUGAUACUGCAAAGACCGGAUAGGGACAGUAGCCGUUACAUGAAGGGCACUCUCUCCCCUUCUCUGGGCAGUUUGCGCUUCUUGGAGGUAAUGUCUAUAACUGGGAUGCAACAUAUUAGAGGUUCGAUUCCUGAGAGCUUCUCAAAUCUACCCCACCUCACCCAAUUGGUCCUAGAAGACAAUUACCUUGAAGGUAACAUUCCUUCAGGUUUGGGCCGUUUGUCCUUACUCCAGACCCUCUCACUUAGUGGAAACCAUUUGAGGGGGCAGAUUCCUCCAAGCCUAGGGAAUCUCAGCAAUCUUCAAUAUAUAAAUUUAGCAAGAAAUUUUCUAAGUGGUCCAAUCCCAGCCAAUUUCAAAAAUUUCCAUUCUCUGCAGUCCCUGGACCUUGGCUUCAAUUUGUUGUCUGGGCUAAUCCCAGAUUUUGUUGGGCAAUUCCGGAAUCUCACCUUUCUCGACCUGUCCAAUAACCAAUUAUCAGGGCAGCUACCCAUUUCCUUGUUCAACUUGAACAAUCUAUUGGACUUGUCCUUGAGCAAUAACCAACUCACAGGAAAAAUCCCAGACCAGAUAGGGGAGCUAAAAUCCCUUUCUAGUCUUUCAUUGAAUGCUAAUCGGUUUACAGGUCAUAUUCCAAUAACCAUUUCAAGACUACAGAACCUUUGGAACCUUAAUUUAUCACGAAAUGUACUCUCAGAUCCUCUGCCAGAAUCCUUUGGUAGGGGCAUUCCUUCUUUGUUGUCGAUAGACCUGUCCUACAACAAUCUCAGUUUAGGAGCAGUUCCUGAUUGGAUCAGAAGCAGACAACUUUCAGCUGUCCAUCUAGCCGGAUGUAAACUGAGAGGAGCCCUUCCACGGUUUACAAAACCUGAUUCCCUGAGCUCUGUAGACCUAUCCGAUAACUAUUUUAUGGAUGGGCUUUCUAAUUUCUUUGCAAAUAUGUCCAAUUUGCAAAAAGUCAAGCUCUCAAACAACCAAUUGAGCUCAGAUCUUUCAGAAAUAAGAUUGCCAGGUGGGCUCUCUUCUAUCGAUCUUCACUCAAAUCAGCUUACUGGCACUCUUUCAAGGAUCUUGAAUAACAAAACGAGCCACUUUUUGGAGGUUAUAGAUGUAUCGGGCAAUCAAAUUAGUGGAAUGCUUCCUGAAUUUAGUGGAGGCUUGAACUUAAAAGUGCUCAAUGUAGCAAGCAACAGGAUUGCAAGCCACAUUCCCAGUUCAAUUUCAAACCUGAUUGAACUUGAAAGGUUAGAUGUUUCGAGGAACCACAUUAACGGCACCAUCCCUACAAGUUUAGGCCUAUUGCUGAAACUUCAAUGGCUUGAUCUGUCCAUAAAUGGGCUCACAGGAAAAAUCCCAAGUAGCUUGCUGGGGAUCGAAGGUCUAAGACAUGCAAACUUCAGAGCAAACAGACUCUGUGGAGAGAUACCACAAGGGAGGCCGUAUAAUAUCUUCCCGGCUGCUGCCUACGCCUACAAUCUGUGCUUGUGUGGCAAACCCCUGCCACCUUGUAGGAAAUGGAAACAAGGGAAAAUGGGCCAGUAAGAUGCUGACUCCAUUCUCCAAUGGGAGAUGCUCACGACAUAAGAGCAUUAUCAUACAGGAGAGAAGAGGGAAUAGUUUCGGCUUUCUGCACCAGUUGGUCUAUUAUUCUAGCAUUCAUCUUCUUUCAGCUUAUUGUCAGUUUCACUUGGUAGAAAUCAUAAUUUAUUACUACUUUCUA